AUGGCUGACCAAAUAAAAUCGAAUUUAGAGGCUUUCGAGCAUUUUGGAACCUUAGCAAUCCACGCAGGGCAAGAACCAGAGAAAUGGACGUCAAGAGCCGUGGUACCGCCGAUUUCGUUGUCUACUACAUUCAAGCAAGAUGCACCCGGCGUUUAUAAGCAAUAUGAGUAUUCUAGAUCUGGAAACCCAACGAGAACCUGCUUUGAAGAGUGUGUAGCUGCACUGGAAGGGGGCAAGCAUGGCAUUGCCACAUCGUCUGGUUUGGCUGCCACCAUGCUUCUCGUGCACACUCUUAAGUCAGGAGAUCACAUUGCUUGCAUUGAUGAUGUUUAUGGUGGUACAAACCGAUACUUCAGCCGUAUAAUGACUCCCUCGAUGGGCAUUGAAGUCACUUUUCAUGACUACACAAAUUUGGACAAUCUAAAAAAAGCAAUAAAACCAAACACCAAGAUGGUCUGGGUAGAAACUCCGACCAACCCAACACUAAAGCUGACUGACAUCCAAGGAGCAGCAGACAUUGUUCAUCAGCAUGAGGGUGUGAUGAUGGUGGUGGACAACACCUUUAUGUCCUCGUACUUCCAGAGACCACUGUCUCUUGGAGCAGAUGCUGUUAUGCACUCCGUCACCAAGUAUAUGAAUGGACACUCUGAUGUGUGCAUGGGUGUGAUCGCAACAAAUAACGAUGAGCUUGCCAAAAAGCUUAAGUUCCUUCAGUUUGCUUCUGGACCAGUGCCUAGCCCAUUUGACUGCUAUCUUGCCAACCGUGGUCUGAAAACACUGCAUGUACGCAUGCGAGAACACGAGAGAAAUGCUAAAGCAGUGGCCAGCUUUCUCGAAAAGGACCCCAGAGUCACGGCUGUAAAGUACCCAGGUCUCCAAUCUCACCCUCAGCACGAACUUGCCAAACGUCAGAUGACUGGUUUUGGUGGAAUGGUGACAUUUUACAUCAAGGGAGACCUCAACACUGCCACAGAGUUUCUUAAACAAGUCAAGGUUUUCACCCUUGCUGAAAGUCUGGGUGGCUUUGAAAGCCUGUGUGAGCAUCCAGCUGUUAUGACACAUGCAUCUGUCCCACCGGCCCAGAGGGAGGUACUAGGCAUCUCAGACACGCUGAUUCGUCUAUCAGUUGGACUUGAAGAUACCAAAGACCUUAUAAAUGACUUGGACCAAGCACUAGCAGCUGCUGUAAGGGACAGCCAGUGAUGAAACAAUUUUGAACAUUGUUUUGUAAAAAUUAGGAAAUUAAAUGUUAGACAGCUGCUAAAACUUCUUCAAAAAAACUAGAAUUACACUAAACAGAGCAGGUAGUAAAUUUGGCUUGCCUGAUGUGUUUCCCUAUGAUCUCUUUCCUUUUCCUCAUCUCAAUAUUUAACAACACAACCAUCACUAAAUUAUCAACACCACCAGCAUCAUCAUCAUCAUUGCCACUAUCGUCACAAUUAUUAUUUUAAACAUUAUCAUUAUUAUCACACACAGCAUCAUCACCAUUUUUAUCAUGAUCACCAUCAUUAUGAAUUAUCAUCACCAUCAUUAUUAUUACCAGAGUUUGUCAACUAAAAUCAAUCUAAAGUCUA